CAGACCGAUACGGAAAAGUGAUUACGUUCGUGUACCGCCGUUCUAUCGCCGUCGUUUUCUCCAUUUUUUCGUCCGACUUGGAGUUUGGUUUUCGUGUACGAACUAUCCCACGCUCGUCGUCGACCAUGUCUCUGAACGUGGCUAAAGCUCAGGGAAACGAUUAUUUUCUCACUAGAGAGCUACUGGUUGCCCUGCUCGUUCUGCUCUUUACUGUCGUGCUAUUUGUUCUAUGGAAAAAGAGUCGUAAGACCAACCGUGAUGUACUGCUCGUAGGAUUGUGCGAUUCGGGUAAGACGGCUCUGUUUUCACACUUGUUGUACAAUAAACCAGUACAAUCUUUCACGUCCCAGGUGGAAAACACAGGCGAGCUUAGAAACAAAAAGAACUUGUUGCGCCUAGUCGACAUUCCAGGACACGAAAGAGUGUUCACAAAAUAUUGGGAUGCUUACAAAAUGAAUUGUAAAGGUGUUAUGUUUGUUGUGGAUUCAGAAACUGUUCAAACUGACAUUUGUGAUGUGGCCGAAUUAUUGUACAGAAUUUUAACUGAUGUAACGAUUCAAACCAACAAGACUAAAAUUAUAAUAUUAUGUAACAAACAAGACAAAGUAUUGGCCAAGGGAUCAGAAGUAAUCAAGACAUUGCUCGAAAAAGAACUGGAUACAUUGAGGUUAACUAAGUCAAAUCAGUUGGAGAGCAUUGACGGCAAAAAGAAUAAGACUCUGUUGGGGAAAAAGAAGAAGCAUUUUGAAUUUACUCAUUGUCAGAUGGCAGUUGAGUUUGCAGAAGUAAUUUCCUCAUCUCAAGACAUAGUUCUUGAACCGAUUAAAGACUGGUUAGAAGGUAUUCAGUAAAUAUAUAUUGUGUUACAACAAUAUAUUAAUGAUUCCCAUUUUCGGAAUCACUUUUGAGCUUCUUUGUUAUAAAUACGAUUUUUUUUUUGUAUAAUCUAUAUGUCUUAUAAUUAUAUUUUUUAUUGUUAAAUUAAGAGAUGUACAAUUCAGCCAUAUUGGUGGGAAUGUUUUUGAUUAAAAAAGACUUCUUACUAACACAGUCGAAUCCAAAAUUCUUUCUGAUAUAUUAAUUACUGUACGUUGUGUACUUAUUGUUUUGAUUGUAUUUUAUUUAAUUUAUAAAGGUACACAAGUAUUAUGACAUGAAACUAUAAGAGAGGGAAAACGUGACAUUAUAUACUUUUUUAAAACGACAACAGUUAAUACUUAACCUAAAAUUAUUCAUUAAAAUAAGAAUAAGAAUAGUAAUCACGAUUUAAGAUAUAUCUUAAAUCGUGAUAGUAAUAGUAGGAGACAGUGUAUACAACUGUCACACUUAUUACAUAUUGUAGGUAUAAUACAUUUUAAUCUAUUAAUUUUUUUACUAAGCGUGUGUAUUUAUUUGUACUUUUUACUGUAUAAAUCUUUUAAGGUUAUUAAAUUCAGUACUAAGAUUUUUAACUUUGUAAUUAUUGACUUGUAAAAAUUGUACAUAAAAUGCAUGAAUUAUAUAAACUAAAUUCUGUAGAAUUAA